AUGCACGAUCGUAAGCGUGCCCGCCAUGAGAAUCAGUCAUCCCCACACCCAAGAGACCAACGACUUCCCCGCAAGGUUCGCGACAGCAAGGGACGAGUUGCAGCCCAUGACUACGAGGACGCGGUGCAACAACUAAUUAAACACGCGAUCGGUGACUUUCGCAGUCGACUUGCAUCGGUUGAUGCUUAUCCUGAUCGCGUCACCCAAGUCUCAUGGGCGAAGGAUGCAUGGAAGGAAGCAUGCGAAUAUCAUGAGACCGAGAUGGCGUUCAACAACGACAUUAUACAAAUGAUCACACGUCGCACAUCUCAUCUCACUAGCGAGGUGAAAGCCAAGGUCCGACCACUCGUCGAGAGCAUUUACGGGUUUGAGUCAAGUGCGAGAGAGUCGGUCAAAUCUCGUAACCGCCAGCUCGCUCAACAGCUCAAACACAAGUUCGGCUUGUGCUACCGCGUGAGUCUUCAAAGUUCUAACCUGCCUCGCAGUGGGCUGUUUCAAAUGAAGUUAACCCAGAAGGCCGCCAAUCUAGUCUGGUACCGCAACAAAAAGGAUGAAGGUAUUGUCUUCGCCAAGUAUUUUACUCCGUUCGCCAUUCCAGCCAUGGCCUUGUGUUACACAGCGGCCGAAUGCUGUAUUGACGAGUGGGCUGAUGGGGAACGUGUCGACAUCAGUUUUUCGGGUGACAAAUACAAGGACAUUUACGCCAAACACCUCGCUAACCUCAACAAGUUCAAUUUGCGCACCAAGGACCAUGGAAUACUCGACACCAUUCAGAAGGAGAUCAACGAUGUAGGCCGGUAA